AUGAAAAAAAGUGGAGGAUUGCAAGCUGAUCACUCGAAAACUUCUUUUUUUAAUGAUGGAAACCAAUUAUUUACACAGCUUACUUAACAAAAUUUGCAAUUCUAAGAUUAAGGGAGUUUUCAAAUGAAAUAUACAAACAGGGUUACCUAAAUAAAUAUUCAAUUAGCAGAGAACUAUCUAAAAAUCACUGAAGAAGUAUUGAAAUUUGAGAAUAUUUAAUAGAAGUCUUAUAAAUAUAUUCUAAUUGAAAAUGCUUGUUUACGAGUUGUCAUGAAUUCAGAAACUUAAUAACUUGGUAUAAGACUUAGUAAAAAUGGUCAACAGGCGGAGUUUUAUGGUACCAACUUAGAGUUAGUUGAAAAAUUAAAAAAAUAUGUGAUUCAAUCAGAGUUCUAAAAGAAAUAUCAUAUAAUUGAAAAAAUUGGAAGCGGAUAUAUAUCAUCUGUUUAUAAAGUUCGGCAUCUCCUAAGUGGAUAGAAGUUUGCUGCGAAAAUUGUUGAAAAAUCCACACUUACAAGGAGUAGCACACUCGAAAAGGAUUGCUUUUUAAAUGAGAUAAAUAUCUUAAGAUAAAUCAGACACAAUAAUUUAUUAAAAUUAGAAGAGAUUUAUGAAGGGGAAAAGAAUAUAUAUAUAAUUACAGAAUUACUGGAAGGUGGACCCAUUGAACAUCAGAUUUUAAAUAACCAUUAUAUGGAAUAAGAAAAGAUAAAAGUUAUGCAUACUCUAAUAAGUAGUUUACAUAGUCUCCACUAAAACAACAUUUAUCAUAAUGAUAUUAGAUAUGAAAAUAUCUUGUUAAAAGAUUCACAAGAUUUGUAAACACCUUGUUUGAUUAAUUUUGGAAAGGCUAUGUAAAUUCCUUCCAAAAGGAGUAAUGUUACUUCUAGUAAUCAUCUAGAUUAAGAAAAGAUCAUUAAUUUGUGCAUUAAAAGAGACAUAUAUUCCUUAUGUACUUUAAUGUUGACGAUUUUCACAAAAAAAGUGUAUAAUUUAAAUUAAGUGGUGGAUGAACUUUUGAUGAAGAAUUUUUAAUAUUUGACUAGGAUAGAGUUUAUGGGAUUAUGUCCUCAACUUUAAAGAUUUUUUGAGAUGAUAUUUACAGAUAGGUAAAAUAACAAAAUGGAGAUUUUAACCUGUGAAUAGAUUCUGGAAUUUGAUAUCUUUAGAAUUCCAUAAAAACCAAGAAAUUCAAAAAUGUUUAUAGCUUAAUAAUUGUUACCCAUUCUUCCUAGAAGAAUGAGUAAAUUCAUCCCAACCCAAGAGAAUAAAGACAAAGCUGAUUAGUCUGCAAAUUCAAUAAAGCUUCCACCUCUAAAUCGAGGCGAUUCAACUUCUGUUGAAAAAAGCUUUUCCUCCAGUCCGAAAUCUGUGCGUCUUCUCUCAAGUCAUCUCAAUAAAAAGACAAAAAAAAGCAAGUCAAUUUUAAGAAAAUAGCUUCUAAAUAAGAUGCUGUGA